AUGGAUGUGGAGGGGACACCCUUCCUGGAGGAGAGGCGCGGAGGCCGCCCCCACUCCAAGUUGUGGGGCCCGGAGACAGAGCCACCCAGCCGCCCGCACCAAGACAGCACGGAGCCCCCUCCCUCCAGGAAGUCGGUGCCCUGUGCUCCUGAGCGUCCCCCUGAGGCCGAGGAGCGCAAGAGCGACCGCAAGGAGAAUCGCGGCAGCACCUUCUUUGGGUACCGGCGGCAGGAGCAGCGCCAGUCCGUCCUGGAGUCCCCGGAGCCCAAGGAGGAGAAGUGGAGACUCUCCCGGAACAUGACUGAGAGCUGCCUGGCCGGUGCCGAGGGAAAACAGCCACCCCCGGAGAGAGAUGCCAGCGCUGCAUCCCCUACUGCAACAGGGGCGUCAGGGUCCCCCCGGGGCUUCACAGGCCGGGUGAAGAGCGCCAGCAAGGCCCCCCCACUGCCCCGCAAAAUCAGCUCCAGCGUAUACGAGACCUUCAUGGAGCAGAACGCCGCGCCCAACAGUGGGAAGCAGCUGACAGUGGAUGGAAGUAAAGGGCUGAAAUCACCGCCCCCGCCACCCCCCAAAUCCAAGCGCAUAUCCCCGACCUGAGCUGCCCCACUGCCCGUGACCGGCCCCCUCGCUGUCCCGCUCAGGAGGGUGACUUUGCUGAUGAAGGUGUUUG